AUGGCCUGGUCUGAUUUACCGGCGGAACUGGCGCUUCAGAUCGCGAGUCACAAUGUCAACGAAAUGCAGACCCUUCGCACAAUGUGCUUGGUUUCAAAAUCCAUGAGGGACGCGGCCAUUGAACCUCUCUUCUCUGUCCUGCACUUCUCCCGUAAUGUAGAUCUCUUGUGCUGGCUAGCGCUCGCACAAAGGGCUCCCUCAUUGCUCUCCGCCGUUCGAAAGUUGAAGCUAACAAUCGGACUGUCAUUGAGCGCGACAAAUCUAUCGGCCAUACCUACUCUGGAGAAUGUUUGCGAGCUGGAACUGUCAGGGCUAGGGAGAAAAAAUGCACCAGAGUUGCAAUGGUCGGAGGGCCUUGAAGCCAUCGCCAGCUACCUGGAGCAAUCGCUCCCUAACCUGCGGCGAUUAAGUCUCUCCAACUCUCAUUUCUGGCAUCUGGCACAACUUUCUCGUGUGAUUCGGGCUGCUGCUUCCCUUGAAUCUCUUGCCAUCUGUGCCUCCAGCGUAAUUUCUCUGAAUAACUCCAACCAGGAUGUGACCAAUAUCGGACGUGUUCCCGUCAAUUUGGCAGGACUCAGAGAACUUGCUCUCAUCGGCAACCAUCGCGAAUUUGACUCCGACGGCCAAAAUAGCUUAGGCAGGAUGAUGCUCUUGUCUCCCCCGACCCAACUCCGUGUGCUCACACUGCUGUCAUUUCAUGAGUCCGGUUAUGAUAAUCCGUGCUCUAUCAUGACGAUGAUUAUGCUUAUGCGGACCUCUUACGCUUUCCUUACCCACCUUACAAUCGACCCUAACCUUAGACACCGUUAUGAAAACCCACUUUUAACAUCAGCUCUCCCUACUCUUCCACCGUUUGCAGCACUCCUCGAGCUAACAAUUCAUCUUGGGGCACUUGGAAGCGCAGACAGCUCUGGUCCAGCAGCUUUCUUCUUUGCGGCCCUCAAGCCGAUGCCUAAGCUCACGAUCGUGCGCUUCGUGCUGCGUGAGCUGGGGACGUGGGACUACACGUCUUUUAUGUGGCUGUUCUCCAGUCAUCCGUCGCUGCUACACGAAAACUCGCUCCAACGUCGGUUUCCCUCUUUAGAGGCUAUCCACUGGGUGUUUUGUGUUGACCCGCGAGGCGACAAGGUCCGAUUAAUGGUUUCUAAAUCGCACAAACUCGACAUUGAACGGCGAUUACUGCUGCGGCUGGAGAAUGUGGGUAUGAGCUCUCAGUGGAUUUGUCGGGAAUGGAUCAUGUGGCAGGACCGAAAUUAUCGACCAAUGGUCUGGGAAGAUUGA